AUGAGUCUACUUCAUCAGUCCCAGUACUUAACUCACUUCAGUACCAAGCUCUACCUUGAGGCAUAUUAUUCCAAUGUGGAGAGUGACUACUUUAGGAUGAGGUUGCUUCAUGAAUUCUUUCGAAAGUACAGCUCUAAAUGGAACAGAGGGAGUGCGAGGUUGUUGGAUUUCGGCGGCGGACCAGUUAUACUAAACUAUAUCAGUGCAGCACCACAUGUGGCUGAGAUUGUUCAUGCUGCUUACAAGGAUGAUGAGCGUAAGGAAAUUGAAUUAUGGAAGAAUGAUGCUGAAGGUGCAUAUGGCUGGAACCCCCAUAUCAUGCAUGUCGUUAGUGAGCUUGAAGGUCUGAAAGGCAAUGAUGCAUGGCAGGAAAGAGCAGCAUUGAUGCGUUCAAAGAUCAAAGUUGUAAGCUGCAACAUAUUCGACAAGCACCCAAUUGAUCCUUCCGAAAACCCCAAUUCGUUUUCCAUCGUUUGCACUAGUUUAUGCCUAGAAGGAGCCUGUGAAACCGUGGAUGGUUUCAAAGCUGGAAUAAAGAAGCUCGUGAGAUUACUGAGGCUAGGUGGUUACAUUACCAUCCUAUUUGUUGAAGACCAGACCUACUAUUAUAUAGGGGAAGAGAAAUGGGCCUCGCUACCAAUUUCACUAGCUCAAGUGAAAGAAGCUGUGGAAGAGGCAGGGUGUGUUGUACUAAUCAGUGAACGAGAUCCAAUGCCUUUGAAGCAUUUCGAAAAUCCAACUUAUGAUGACGCAAAGGCUUGUGUAUUCUUAGCUGCGUACAAAGUUAAAGAAUAG